AUGUCCCUCAAGAUCGCCGUCAUCAGUUGCCUGGCUGUUGUGGCCAUAGCUGAUCAGUCCCCUUAUCCCCCUCCACCUGCCCCCUACCACCCUCCUCCUGCCCCCUACCAUCCUCCACCACCGGCAUACCACAGCGAACCACAUUACCCUGAUGUUCCUCCCAAGUACACCUAUAACUACGGCAUCUCCGACGACUACGGCGUCAACCUCGGCCACUCGGAGUCCCGCGACGGCUACAAGACCGAGGGCAGCUACACCGUCGACCUCCCCGACGGCCGCAAGCAGAUCGUCAAGUACGUGGACAACGGCGACGGUCUUGUAGCUGAGGUCACCUACGAGGGCGAGGCUCAGUACCCCGAGCACACGCCCGCCUACAAGCCCGCUCCCCCCGCCUACGCCCCUCCUCCCCCUGCGCCCUAUGAAUAAUGUGUAUCCAUUUUUUGAAAAAACAAAAUCAUUCACUCACUCUACUUCAUCAUCAAACUUGUUUUCUGUUGUUACAUUAUUCCACCAAAGAUAAUAAAGAUAAGUUGAAAUGA